AUGAGAGGUGGAAGUUCAGAGCGUUUGGUCGUGCGAUCCUCGCGUCGUCGUGGGGACACGCGUGCGAAAUUGACCCGGUACAUCACUGUUAUGUUGGCAGCAUUGCUAGGAGGAGGUGGAUCAGCUCUACUCUUCCUGGUUCCACUAUACGCAGACCCCGCUUUAAGCGCUUUAGCUGCUGACUUCGAUCCUGUACCAGCGGAGUGCGUAACGGAAAGACGAGACGACAGAUUGGGCUUGGAUAACUGCACUUGGGCUUCUUGUCGCGAAGGUUGUACCAGCGAUGCUUACAAAUGCAUCCAAUUACACGUGAAAUAUAAAUCACAAGCUGAAGACUGGCGACCGGCUGUGCUGUACGUGAAUAUAAAAGGUUGCGGCUAUCCACCCGUGGUGAACUGCGAGAACUUUACCCUGAGUUACGGAUACGUUGGUGCGAAGUAUCCUUGCUACUGGUCUCGAGCAGAUACUUCUGUGGUAAUACCGAGAUGGUCUCGAGGUGAGCAAGUGGCUACUGUAACUAGAACCCUGGCGAUUCCUCUAUUUCUAUCAGGAUGUGCUGGAAUCGGUCUCUGCGCAUUACACUGUGAAUGCCGACCUCGCAGACGAAGGCGCCCUCCGCGCCGACCCCCUCGCCUACCUACACUUUCUCUAGAUGACACCGCGGUCUAUAGACUCGCAUAA